GAGGCUCUCUACUGGUAGUCUUCAUGAUGAUGAGAAUGAAUUUGAUUCUUCAAGAUCUGAAAACUAUACCUGUGCUCUACGAACCCUCAGACUUCUAAAGCAUCCAACAACCUAACUUUCCUUCUCCACGUCCAAGCCUUUGUUCAACCAGGAAACACCUCUUCAACAUGCCCACAAAAGUCGCCCUAAUCACCGGGGGAGCAUCAGGCAUGGGACUGGCUGUCGCAACCGCCCUCUCAAAGCGCACUCACGAAGACUGGACCAUCCAUCUCGUCGACCUCAAUGCCUCAGCCGGCAAAACCGCCACCACGACGCUGAAAAACACACACUUCCAUCAAACAAACGUAACAGAUUACACGUCCCUCGUCUCCGCCUUCGAAGCAACCUACAACACAUCCCAGCGUAUAGACUUUGUCUACGCAAACGCCGGCAUCGUCGAACGCGACAACUUCUACCAGCAACACAAUCUAGAUGUUCCACCACCACCUCCGCCAAACCAACUAAGUGUAGAUAUCAAUUUGAAAGCUGUAAUAAACACUUCAUACCUCGCUCUCCACUACUUCCGCAAGACGAUAGCAAAGCACGGAAGGCAGAAUGUAGAUCCCGUGCUGGUAAUGACAGCAUCGUGCGGCGGUCUGUACCCCUCAGAGUUUUGUCCAAUGUACAGUGCGAGUAAAGCCGGCGUGGUCCAAUUCAACCGCGCGAUCACGGUUGCAUAUCACCACGAGGGGGUGCGUACGUUUGCUACAUGUCCCGGGACGAUCAACACGGGGUUGUUGAGUCAGGAGGAGUGGAAGAGUUUCCCGGUGGAGUACUUUACGCCUAUGGAGACUUUGGUGGAUGGCGUAGUGAGACUGGUAGAUGGAGGCGAAAUAGUAGAUGCAAAAGGUGUGAAGAAGAGCAAGGAGGACAACUGGGGUUUGACGGUCGAGGUAAACGGCAACAACUUGUAUUUCAGCAACGGACCGGAGUUUUGCGAUGAGAAUAUGAAGGAGAUGAUGAAGAAUACCAGCAUGGCGAAGCAGUUGGCUAGAAUUGAAGGAGGCAAGCAGAAUGGGGCGAACGGCGCUUGAGUUGUACGUAGAUUUGUAUUACGCGUCGAACGAGAUUCAUGUAUUCUUAGAGCUUGGAAUGGCGUCCUGAUGCGAGCCUCAUACCCCCAUCCACAGCUAUAUCCUCGCCAUUGAUGUACGCUCCAGCCGGACUACACAGAAACACCAUGACGCCAGCAAUAUCU